AUGCCAGGGAUGUGGGCAGUCGACAGCGGUGCGACGCAUCACAUCUGCAACGACAAGGCCAAGUUUGCAAGUCUGAAUGAGCGAGAGGAAGGCGAACUAUCAGUGGCUGAUGGCAGCAAGGCUGCGAUCAAGGGUGUGGGAACCAUCAUGAAACGGGUGGUUCUGCCCAAUGGUGACCAACGCGACAUCGAGAUCAAGGACGCACUGUUCGUACCAAGUAUGAGCAAGAAUCUGCUUUCGGUGCCACAGAUCAACAAGGGUGGCAGGUUCCAAGUCGUGUUCGACGGGUCCAAGAUGCAAGUGAAGCGCAAGAAUUCCACACAAGUCGUGGCAACAGCGGAUCUCGUCGAUGGACUUUACUGGCUGCGGACUCCUCAACGAUCGGCGAAUGCAGCAACACGCAAUGGGACUAUCGACUUGCAUGCGCGCAUGGGUCAUGCACCUCUCGAAGUUCUGCGCAAGAUGGUGGCCACCGGCAUGAUCAAGGACGCCAAGGCACCUCUCAACUCGACUGGUCCAAGUGUGUGUCGCGGUUGCCAGCAAGGAAGGAUGGUCCAAAGACCAUUCCCAACCAACCGUGACAAACGCCAAUAUGGUGUGUUCGAGUUGCUGCAGUUCAACAUCUGCGGGCCAAUGGAACAAGUCUCGAUCGGCGGCAGCAGCUACUUUUGUGGUUGA